UUUUUCUUCAAUCUGUCUUCUAUCGAUAAUGAUGACAACAACAACAAGAACCUUGUGCCUCAUGCUGUGUUGAUGAGCCUCACGGUUCUAAUGGGAUGUUGUUGCUCGGCGAAAAUCUACAAAGCUAAGCUUAAGGAGUUCCACGUGGGAGAUUCUCUCAUCUUCAAAUACGAUCGCAAGUACAACGAUGUGACUCAAGUCUCUGGUGCUUUGGAAUACAAAUUCUGCGACUCUUCCUCUCCUAAAGCCGUAUACAAGACAGGACACGAUGUCGUGACCCUCACGGAACCAGGUUCUUACUACUUCAUCAGCUCAAAUCCUACUCAAUGCCUAUCCGGACAAAGACUCAACAUUCUUGUCGUCCAUGACCUGUCACAUCGGCUUCCACCACCACCAUCGAGAAAGAUUUUUCCUUUUGGAAAAACCUACAGCGUCGAAAUCAGCGGUGAUCUUGAGUUCUUAUCUUGCGACCCGACUUCUGUUGUUGCCGUGCACAAUACGGGACAAGAUCUCGUUAGGCUCACGAAACCGGGAAUCAACUAUUUCAUAAGCUCAAAGACUGAUCAUUGUGAGGCUGGGCUUAAGCUUCAAGUGGUUGUGGGACCUCUGCCUAAAGCUUAUGUUCCGAGGAAGAUGAUGAAGUUGUCACCUUUGGACCGUCUCAUCAAGUGGUUACAGACCUUCAGACCCCGACCACAUCACUAA